AUGAAAUACAGCAGAGGAAUCCGGCAAUAUAGGCAACGAAACCAUCACCCUACUGUAAUCGAAUCAGUGCGGGCAAAUACGGGCGGGUUCAGGCGUAUCCGGGCGGCAGCCCGCACUUCCCGGAGCCCUCGUUACCCCUCUCACAAACAGCAGCGCCCUUCUCCGCGGCCGGAGCUCCUCACCCCGUUCCACGUUUGCCAGAGCGGGGCACGCAGAGCGGGAAGGCCCUUGGUGCUGGCCGCGGUGGUAGAACUUGAAGGAACGGUGUGCGGCGUGAGCGAGCUCCAGAGCGCUCUGCCCCGGACCCGCGUGCCGCGGCUCCCUCCCGCUCGCAGUCUCGCCGCGCGGCCCCGGGCGGCUGGCGGAGAGGAGAGCCAGCGGCACGGCGCGCCCAGCCGCCGCCGCUCCCGGCCCCCCGCCCAGGCCAGCGGCUCCCCGCGCCUCCCGACUCACCUCGUCCGGCGGGGCGAAGACGACCGCUGGAGCGGCAGCAGGCACAGGGAGAGCCCGGCGUUCUCCGCCGCCCCCGCCCCGCCCGGGAGGCCGGCCGCGGAGCGAGCAGACCGAAGCCGAGCGAGCAGACCGCAGCCGAGGGGGCAGCCUGAAGCCGAGCGCGCGGCGGCGGCUUCCGCUCAACGGCCGCCAGGAUUGUAUGAGGAACACACUAAUGAGUUCUUUAUGAUCAACUUCUCAAGAGCCAGAAUCCACCCCCACUAAGUCAGACCUUCCUGAAGUGUCUCCUGGAUGACUUUCAAAGAUAAAUCCUCUGAAGAAAUUGCAACAAGUUCUCUAAUACUAUAUGCACUGUUUAGACUAUUAUGUUUAUAAAGCUACUUCCUCAUCAAUGGAAUGAGUUACUAAACCAGAGCUGCCUGUU